AGAGAGAAGAAUAGAAAAGAGUCACGAUCAUGCCGCAGCCACAGCAGCAGCUUGCCCCUUUUCCCUCUCUCACCUUCUCCACAUCUCGACUGGUUUUGCCGCUGCUUGCUGGGGAUUCCAGGCGGGGUGGAGAUGGAAGCCCUAGCCCGCUCCAGGAGGUCCUCGUCACUCGGUUCCUCGCCGGCGAGGAAGAGGCAGCCGGAGAUGGCCAGCCCCGACUACAUCCGGAAGGGAUCAGUUUCUCGUUCUCUCUCCACUUCCUCGCCCUCAACUCUGAGCAGUGAGAGGACUGUGAAGAGGCUUCGGCUAUCCAAAGCACUGACGAUGCCUGAUAGCACGACUGUUUUGGAGGCUUGCCGUCGUAUGGCUGCACAGAGGGUUGACGCUGUGCUGCUCACUGACUCGAAUGCGUUGCUUUGUGGAAUCCUUACGGAUAGGGAUGUAGCAAUGAGAGUCGUUGCUUGUGAGUUGUCACCUCAGGAUACACCUGUUUCAAAAGCGAUGACAAGGAACCCUAUUUUUGUUCUUUCUGAUACACUCGCAGAGGAAGCAUUGCAGAAGAUGGUCCUUGGUAAAUUCAGACAUCUGCCUGUUGUGGAGAAUGGUGAAGUUAUUGCUUUGCUUGACAUCACAAAGUGUUUAUACAAUGCCAUAGCACGAGUGGAGAGGAUCGCCGAGAAAGGAAAAGCUAUUCAAUUAGCUGUUGAAGGAGUGGAGAAAAACUGGGGAACAUCUAUUUCUGGGGCUAAUUCAUUCCUUGAAGCUCUUCGUCAGAGGGUAUAUCAACCAUCCUUGGCCACAGUUAUCCCAAGCAACUCAUAUCCAAAGGUUGUCACAGUCUCACCAGCUGAGUCAGUUUUAGCUGCGACUAAGAAAAUGCUCGAAUAUCAUUCAAGCUCAGCAAUCAUAACUUCAGGGAAUAAGCUACUUGGAAUACUGACUUCAAGAGAUAUUUUGAUGCGUGUUGUCGCGAAAAAUCUUCAACCAGACACUACAUCUGUGGAGAGGGCCAUGACUCCCAAUCCUGAUUGCCGAACCAUUGAUGCAUCGAUCCUUGAUGCUCUUCAGACAUUGAGAGCUGGAAAAUUUUUGCAUCUUCCACUUACAGACAAAAGUGGUAAAAUUGUGUCAGUCUUGGAUGUACUUCAUAUCACGCAUGCAGCCUUAGCCACGUUUGAAAGCAAUGGUGGUGUAGGAAAUGAAGCUAUGAGUUCAUUGAUGCAGAAGUUUUGGGAUUCUGCACUGACCACUGGAUCUCUAGAGGAAGAUGAUGAGACAAGGAGUGAAGGGUCUGUGAAAAUGGCAUCUGAGGGGACAGAAACAGUGACUUACUCAUUCCCUUCUUCAAAUUUACCAGACACCUUUUCUUUUAAGCUCCAGGAUAAGGGGGGCAGAAUCCAUAGGUUCCAUUGUGAAACGAGGAGUUUGGCAUACCUCAUCACUUCCAUCCUCCAAAGGGUAGGAGGUGUCAUCGACAGGAAUCAACUACCACAGAUUCUGUAUGAAGAUGAGGAUGGUGAUAAGGUCGUCCUUGCGUGUGAUGGUGAUCUGAUUGCAGCUGUUGAUCAUGCCAGGGUUGCUGGUUGGAAGGGAUUGAGAUUAUACCUGGACUACACGGGCUCGCAUGGUUGGAAGGACGGACUAAGUACGGAUAUGGCAAGCAUCGAUUCAUGGAUAACAGCAUACAACAUGGCUGCUGCAGUUGCACUUAUAGCUGGCCUUGGUGUCAUGGUCUAUGUAAAGAGAUUCUCCUAGUCAAAUUCUAUCUUCUAAAAUGUUUCAUCUAGAAAGAAGACUCAUGCAAGAGGACAAACAACAGAUUCUUGCUCUUCGAUGCAUGUUUGACACUUUCCGCCUUUCCGGUGUGGAAUCCACCAAACUAAGCAAAAACAUGGACUAGGAUGCUGAGUGUGUGGUCGAAUCAUCUCACACGCUCUGUACGUAAGUUCAAUCCUUGUACAUGCCAUCUUUAUCAUGGUAAAUUGGAGGAUAUUAUCUGUGUUGUUAGGUAUCUGUUAAUCUCUUGUAAUGUCUAUCCACUGUCAUUUUUUACAAAGUGGGCAUCAUC